AUGUCGGACCUGGAGGAUAACUGGGAGCUGCAGGUCGACGAGGCCGUCGCGCUCCAGGCCAUCAUGGCCGAGGGCUCCGUCCACGUCGAGCGGCCCGACGGCACUGCUGUCAGCGUCGACGACCUCCCCGGGGGACCUCCCGUCGCGGGCCUCGCGAUGAUCCUCCGCGUGAACGUCAGCGCCCCCGACGGCGUCAGGAUCAAGGCCGUCGCCGACGACGACGAUGCCGGCCCCAGCGACGCCCCGACGUUCCGCGGAGACGUGGCCACGGCAGGGCUCGCGUUCAGCGUCAGGUACCUGCCGCCGGUGGAGCUGACGGUGACGUUCACGGAGGGGUACCCGGGCGCCGCGAUGCCGGAGGCGUGCGUGGACGCGCCGUGGCUGCGGGAGGGGGGGACUGCGGCGCUGCUGUCAGGUCUGACAGGCGUGUGGGAGGAGCAGGGCGGGCCGGGCGCGCCCGUCGUGUGGGCGUGGGUGACGUGGCUCGAGGAGGAGGCGCUGCGGGUCGCUUGCGGGGAGGGGGGGGUCUUGGAACACCCCAUGUCAGGCAUCGAGUACUUGGUCAGGUACGACCAGGCGCAGAGGGCGCGGGCGUUCCGGGAGGGCAUGCACGACUGCCCGAUCUGCAUGGAGGAGAAGCCAGGCACGCAGCAAUACAAGCUGCCGGGGUGCGACCACUUCCUGUGCCGCGCGUGUCUGUCGGACAUGUGCGCCACCCACGUCAGGGAGGGGAGUCUCGUGCAGCUGCAGUGCCCGCAGCCCGACUGCAGGCGGCCCAUCGCGCACCACGUGCUCCAGGACGUCCUCCCCGAGGACCUCUUCGAGCGCUGGGAGUCCCUCACGCUCGCGCGCUGCCUCGACGCGAUGCAAGACGUCGUCUACUGCCCGCGCUGCAACGCCCCCUGCAUCGAGGAGGGCGCCGCAACACCUGCACCCCCCCCUGACUCCGCCGAGGCCCAGGCCCCCGCCCCCUCCUCCCGCGGCACCGCGCUCCCGCUCGCGCAGUGCGCCGAGUGCAUGUUUGCGUUUUGCACCCUAUGCAUGUCGACGUACCACCCGGGCUCGGGCUGCGUGGGCGUGGAGCAGCGGCUGGCCGAGCUGGCGAAGCGCAGCCAGGCGCACUGCGCGAACAGCGCGGCGAAGCUCGAGGAGGAGCGCCGGCGGCUGCAGAUGAUGGAGGAGCUCAAGUCUGAAAAGAUGAUUCGGGAGAAGGGAAAACAGUGUCCCACGUGCGGCAUCGCGGUGUGGAAGUCGGAGGGGUGCAACAAGAUGGCGUGCGUGUCGUGCGGGACGACGUUCUGCUGGCUGUGCGGCAAGGCGAUCGAGUCGUACAGCCACUUCAACCCCGACCUCAACCCCCAGUCGCCGUGCGCGGGCAACCUAUUCGACCUCGACGAGAUCCAGCGGGCCUUCAACGACUGGGAGGUCGACCAGGGCUACGUCCUCGUGGGCCUGCUCGAGGACGAGCACCAGGCGCACGAGCGGCGGCGGCGGCGGGCGCGCGCGGAGGGGCUGAGGGCGGUGCGGGCGGGCGAGGGGCGGCCGUGCGUGACGUGCGGGCAGCCGGUGCCGCGCGUGGCGCGGAACAACCACAUGCGAUGCGCGAACUGCGCAACGGCGUUCUGCUUCCUCUGCGGGGAGGUGCUGCGGGGAAAGGGCGCGGGGGGGCGGCACUUUGGGCCCGCGCACAAGCAGCACGGGCCGUGA